UUGCUGAGAGCAGACUGUGUGAAACCCUGCAGAUCAUCCGAUCAGAGAGAGAGAUAUGGCAGAAACCGCCCCCGCCCCGGCUGCUGCCGCCCCGGCUAAAGCGCCCAAGAAGAAGUCCGCCGCGAAAGCCAAGAAAGCAGGUCCCGGCGUCGGCGAGCUGAUCGUCAAAGCGGUGUCCGCGUCCAAGGAGAGGAGCGGCGUGUCCCUCGCCGCGCUGAAGAAAUCGCUCUCUGCCAGCGGCUACGACGUGGAGAAGAACAACUCCCGCGUCAAGCUCGCCAUUAAGAGCCUGGUGACGAAAGGCACACUGGUUCAGGUCAAGGGAACCGGCGCAUCGGGCUCCUUCAAGCUCAACAAGCAGAAAGCCGAGAGCAAGAAGAAGCCCGCGGCCAAGAAAGCGGCUCCUAAAGCGAAGAAGCCCGCGGCUAAGAAACCCGCCGCCGCCAAGAAGCCCAAGAGCGCCGCGGCAAAGAAGCCUGCAGCCGCUAAGAAGUCGCCCAAGAAGGCCAAGAAACCCGCCGCCAAGCCCGCUAAGAAGGCGACGAAGAGCCCCAAGAAGGCGAAGAAGCCCGCAGCCGCUAAGAAAGCAGCCAAGAGCCCGAAAAAGGCCAAGGCGGCGAAACCGAAGGCGGCAAAGCCCCAAGCCGCCAAGCCUAAAAGGGGACCUCCCAAGAAGAGAUAAACAUCUACUCUCUCCCACAACGGCUCUUUUAAGAGCCACCCACCUACUCUGAGUAAAGAGCAUACUCCGAAUAUCGUGUAUUUUAACAAUUUGUUAGUUUAGAAAACAAAUAAUCAAGAUUUGGCUUUCAGCUUCUUGAACUUAAAUCUGAAAGAACAAUAGAACAUGAUUUUUGUAUCUAAAAUAAGUUAUGAAAAACUUUUAAACUGUUCUGUAUGCAUAAAAAUGGCCAAAAGCUUAUUGAGGGGUUGUUAGUGAUCAUAGUUCAAAUAAGAAAUUGUAUAACUACAGAAUAUAUACCCAUAAAUCUAUAUUGGAGAAUUAUGACAAGACAAACACCAAUAAGCAGUGGUAAAACUCCAGUAUUACAAUAGGAACAUAAUUCUACAGUAUCGGGUCAAUGUGCUCUGAAUAUCAGAAUCAAAUCAAAUCCCUUUAUUGUCACACAACCAUUAACACAAAGGUGAAAUCCUUGGGUGCAGUUCUGAGCAACAUAGAAGUCAUGACACAUUACAUCAAACAUCAGAUUUACACAAUUUACAUAACUUACCAAAACAACAUACAAGAAUAGAUACACAUACGAUACAAAUAUAUGUAAUAUAUUGUAGGUUUUGUUGUGCUGUUGGCAAUAGGAUUGUUUAAGGUUAUUAACAUAAACAAUAUGUAACUAUAUGUAAUAUACAGUGUUUGAAAGGUGUAACAGUUUUAUAAAAUCCAUUUUUGUAAC